CCCUACACGCUUCUCAUAAUUCCCUUUCUGCCCUCCUCCCCUUUGCCUCCGCCUCACCGUCACCACCUAAUGUAUCGGCCUGCCUACUCCACAACCUCUGUAAACCAGCCAUUCUCUCUCUCUCGGUCGACGUUUUUCACAAAUUUUACGAACAGAUGUCUCUUCUCGGAACUUUCAUUUCAUAGAGAUUACUGAGAGACGGUGAAACUCUUCAGCCAAACUGUACUCAGUUUUUUAUUUCCGGUCCGGUUGCCCAAUCAUUGAAGCCCUCUUUUGUUCGUUUGUCUUCUCUGCUUCGUUCCAAGAACUAGAACAGCCUAACCCUUUUCCGUUUCUGGCGCCUAUCUUCCUGUUUAUGCUGCUCGAGUCCUCUGCUCAGGCUCUAGUCCUCUGAGUUCUUUUCACUUUGGCUAAACCCCAGUCCAAAGCGGCUGUUUGUUAGAGACAUGGAGAACGCAGUGUUCUAAAAAUAGAUUGUGUUUUUGGUCAUAGAUAUUGAGUGGGAGUAAGCUUUGCUCAACUGGGUUUUGUCUGUCUUUUUAGUUUUCUUGAACGGGGUUUGAGUUUUGUGAUCAUCUAGGUGCCAUCUGAGGGUUUUGUGAACUGAGUUUUUUUGCCGUAUAUCAGAGGUUUUAUUGCUGGAAUUGGGGGUUUUCAGCUGAAUGUGUUAAAAAAAGGGGCUCCUUGAACUUGUGGCUCUCUAAGUAGCGGGAUGUCUGUGAAUAAUCCUAGUUUUGUGGAAUGGGAGGAGCAAAUUAUAUGCCAUGAGCGUGGUAACCGUAUGAUUUAUUUUUAUCUAAAGGAUGUGACUGGAGAUUCAGUCCUUGCUGUUAUAGGGACUGAGAGGAGUGUAAGGCACAUGACAUAUGAAGUCUCGGAUGAGUUUAUGCAGUUGUCCCGUUUUGGAAAAUCCGACAAUGUGUGCAUGAAAUGGCGGGCGAGAAGAGAAGUCGUUGAAUGGCUGACAUCAUUGGUCUCAAGGCAUCGUGUUCCAUACUCAGACAUUUCAAAUUCACCAAUGAUUGACUCACGACAAACUUUAGGACCUCUCGAAGUAUCAAUGACUGGAUCCUGUGCUCGUCAACCUUUCUUUCCGGAUGAUAUGGUUGUAAGAAAAUUGAGAGCUCAAAAUUCUGACAUUCUAUGGUCUGGCGAUGCUUGUAUCUGUGCCAAACAGCUCAAGCACUACCCAGCUUUUUGCAGGAACAGAACAACCAUAGCUGUUCAUUCAUUUGUAUAUAUUAUGGCUGAAGAAGGAAGUCAGUAUCUUGGUUACUUGGAAGAUAUGUAUGAAGACAAGAAAGGACUCAAAAAGGUUAAAGUGCGGUGGUUUCACCACAAUAAGGAAGUUGAGCGUGUAAUCCCUCAACUGGAUUCCCACCCAAGAGAAGUUUUCAUCACACCUCAUGUUCAGGUGAUCAGUGCUGAGUGUGUUGAUGGUCCUGCGACAGUUUUGACUCCUAAACAUUAUGAAAAAUGUGUGGCUACUGGUGCACCUAGUUCUUCAUCAGGAAUCCACAUAUGCUUUAGGCAGUUUAAGAACAAUAAGAUCAAGCCCUUUACUCUUCCUAAACUGUCUGGGUAUUCUAAUCAAGCUAUCCUCUCUUCCAUAGAUGGUUUGCUCAUCACCAAGCAAAAAGUUAAGUGCCAUAAAUUGAACAUGGAAGAUGAAGAAGAGUUUGCACAAGAUGAUCCUUUGAGGGUGGGUACUAAGAGGAAGAGAAGUUGCAAGGGUUAUCAAGGACUUGAAACUGGUUCUGGUAUUGGACAUUCAUUCCCUAGGAAUCAGAUAACAGAGUGUGAACCAAAGCUCCCAAAGUUGAAAUUGAGAUUUUCAAGGAGAACAAAGGGAAUGAAGAUUGUUGAACCCAAAUGUCCUGUUUCUUUUAAGGUUGAUGACAAGAUAGAAUUGCUCUGUCAAGAUAGUGGCAUUCGUGGCUGCUGGUUUAGGUGUAAGGUCUUGCGGGCAUCUCAGAAGCUUCUGAAAGUUCAAUAUGAUGACGUGCAGGAUGCAGACGGAUGUGGCAAUCUAGAGGAAUGGGUCCCUGCUGCUAGAGUUGCAGCUCCCGAUAUGUUAGGCAUGAGAUGCUCAGGCCGCCUGACAAUUCGGCCAAGCCCUCCAGAAGAUUUUACCAACCUUGCAUUGGAGGUUGGUACCCCAGUUGAUGCAUGGUGGAGUGAUGGCUGGUGGGAAGGUGUUAUAACUGGAGUUGACACCUCUGGAAAUGACACUUGGCAUGUUUACUUCCCCGGGGAAGACAAGGUUCUGCAGCUCCACAGAAAGAAUUUUCGACCUUCCAGAGAUUGGGUAUGGGACAGAUGGGUUGAUAUAAAGGAGAAGCCUGACAUUCACAGUUUAUGUGAAAAUGCCAGUCGUAACUUGAAGCAUUCAGUGUGUUCUGCUAUGGCUAAAGCAUCUGGGUGUGGUGGCUCUACACUCAUGGAACCCGAAGUUUAUGCAACACCCAAGCUUGAAGCAGUUGAAGAACAGCAAGAAAUACCAGAUUUAACCAUUUCCAAGGAAGUCCUGGACAGAGUUGAGGUUCGUGGGGAUGAAAAUGGUGAUAAUAAUGCCAAUGGUGAUCUUGGUUCUGACGAAGAUGUGAACAGCUGAAGCCUGAGAACGGAUAGCCUAGCGGUUUGUCUAAUGUGAAGAUUUUUGACUUUGAUGAUAGAUGUUUAAAGUUGGGCUCCAUCGAGUAAAUUAGGUGCAUGACUGCUGAUCUAGGAAAACGUAAGAAUUUCAAAGUCCCGAGUAUCUAACAUCAGGAGCAUUGGCGGGGUGUACAGCAAUACCUGUGGCAGGUUUUAACAUUGCGGCAUGAAGAGUAGCAUUUUAUUUGCAAUCUAAGUUCAAGAUAAUUAUGUCAGGCUAGACAGUAGCCACUCAAUUUAGCUUUUAGAAGUCACCUGGUGUAUUUUGUGCUAGCAAGUUCUGGCAUAGUGCUCUUCAACAUAUAGUUUCAAUAUGUCAAGUAUAGUCUUGAGUUUUCAACUGUAAAGCUUAUUUUACAUUAGGAGGAAAUUAUGGAUGUGCAUUGUUGCCAA